AUGACCUCUUGCCAGGAAUGUUUCGAUCUUGGAUCUGUGGUAUCGCCAUGUGCCUACUACAAAGCACUUCAUGAAGUACGUGCUUUGUUCGCAUUCGCCUCUCGAAUCGGUCUUGAAUUGGACACUGUAAAUCUCGGUGGUGGAUUCCCAGCUAGUAAAUUGGACAAGGAACAACGAUUCCCAGAGAUGUGCGAAGUGAUCAAUGCCGGUCUCGAUCAGCUAUUUUCAUGCAGAGAAUUUCCAACAUUGAAAGUGAUCGCAACACCUGGAAGAUACUUUGCUGCAGCUGCGUUUGUUCUAUGCACUAAUGUGAUUGGAAAGCAGGCACUGGAAGCACGGUACAUCACGAAAGACGAUUUCGACGAUGGUGUAGGAUUCGUCUAUCAAACGAAUGACAGUGUCUAUGGAUCGUUUGGAUGUCUGCUAAUGAAUUCGCAACCAUUAUGCACUCCUUUAGAUGAAAUUGCCGAUGCACCUCAGCAUUUUGGAACUGUGCUUGGAGCGUCGCUUCAACCAGGCGACGUCGCCCAAUCGCUAAUUCGUUGUCGCCAACUAUGCGUGGGCGACUGGCUGCUCUGGAGAGAUGCUGGAGCCUAUACAAUGCCUCUUGAUGGAGAACAUGCGCUACCACCAGUUUACUAUUACGCCGGCAUUGAUGAGUGGGAACGUAUAAUUGGUGCGAAUAAGGCGAAUGGCGCCUAUAACAACGAUGGCGCUAUGAUGAGCUCGGAUGCAAUGGAGACGGCAUCUGAUGGAGCAAGUGAUGUGGAGAGUCUCGACGACGACGGCGAAGACUUAACCGCAUGUUUUGAUCGAGUCUUCUUCUACUCACAAUGA